AUGCACGAUGUGUUGUUUUGCUCUUUAGUAUCCUCUGAUAUAGAUAUAGCAGUUACAGACAUGAAAGAACCAAUCAACCCACCAAAAUCAUCAACACCCAAAGCUUUCUUUCUCUCUCUAAUUCUCCUCUCUCUUUUCUACCUCAUCUUUCUCUCUCUACAAUCCAAACACCCCAACUCCAGCCACCGUACAAUCACCAUCAACGGACUCAAAAUCCGACCCGAAUACACCUCCUACGACAUCCACAUCCACCACCAGCUUCACAAAACCACCAACCCAAAACUCCGAAAAAUAUGGACCUCCAGGGAUUGGGACCGAAAGAUUCAGGUUUUCACCCAAUUUUUUCUACAACUAAAACAAGAAAAACUGCUCGCAAAUUCAUCAAAGGCGCUUUGUGUUGGAGCUCGGGUUGGGCAGGAAGUGGAGGCUUUGAAACGGGUCGGAGUUAAUGAUUCAAUCGGGUUGGAUCUUGUACCAUACCCGCCUAUUGUGAUCAAGGGUGAUUUUCAUCAUCAACCGUUUGAUGAUAAGACUUUUGACUUUGACUUUUCGAAUGUGUUUGACCAUGCUCUUUUCCAGAUAAAUUCGUUGGAGAGAUUGAACGGACAUAGAAACCUGGUGGAAUCUGUGUGCCAUCAAAAUAGAAGGAGGCUUGCUUCAACUGGCCAUGGCGGUGGUUUGGUGGUGAUUGGAUCAGUCUGCCAUCAAAAUAGAAGGAAGACGAGAGGAUUGGUUGAAGAAGGCAACAACUUUGGUUGUUUCUGGGUUUUUCUGCAUUACGAUUUCGACCAAAGUCAAGUCACAAAGGGCCCUUUCCUCUCUCUCGUAACACGAAGACAUCCCCUUCCCUCCCUUUCCCUUUCACCUCUUUCUCCUUCAAUUUUUUCUGCACCAACGAUGAACAACGGACCAGGUCUUUUCUCCGACAUCGGCAAGAAAGCCAAAGAUCUGCUGACGAGAGACUACCUGUCCGAUCAGAAAUUCUCUGUUUCAACCACCAGUGUUACCGGAGUGGGACUUACUUCAACUGCAACAAAGAAAGGAGGUCUGUCAAGUGGAGAUGUGGGAGCAAUAUACAAAUACAAGAACACAUUAAUUGAUGUCAAAUUCGACACACAAUCAAAUAUUGCUACAACAUUAACAUUCACUGAGCUUGUGCCCUCAACAAAGACUAUUGCUUCAUUCAAACUCCCUGAUUUUACAUCUGGCAAGCUUGAGGUUCAGUACUUCCAUUACCAUGCUACUUUAACAUCUGCAGUUGCUUUGACUCAAGCCCCAAAUGUUGACCUUUCAGCUACAAUUGGCACACCAACAUUUGCCAUAGGCGCAGAGGCAGGCUAUGAAACCUCUUCUAGUAAGUUGACAAAGUACACUGCUGGCAUCACUGUUAACAAACCAGAUUCUAGUGCUUCCAUAGUUUUGGGUGAUAAAGGAGACACGAUAAGGGCAUCGUAUAUACACCACUUUGAUGCAUCAAAAAAGAAUGCUGCUGUAGGGGAGAUUACUAGAAGGUUCUCAACAAAUGAGAACACGUUCACUGUUGGAGGGUCUUAUGCAGUUGAUGGUUUAACCAUGGUUAAGGCUAAACUCAACAACCAUGGGAAGCUAGGUGCACUGUUGCAGCAUGAGAUUAUUCCCAAGUCACUUGUCACCAUAUCUAGUGAGCUGGACACCAACUCCUUGGACAAAACUCCUAAGUUCGGUUUGGCUCUUGCUCUUAAACCAUGAUAUAAAGUCUUCAUGCUAUGAGAUAUUGUUCUUCAAUGUUUUUUUUUUUUUCCUCCCUAGAUGGUCUUCAAGGGAACAUUUAAUUAAUAAUAUGUCCUAGGAUACAUUUUUUUUGGAUCUGGGGUUUCAUUAUUUUCAUGGAUACAUUGCUUAAAUAUCAAUUGCCAUUUUGAUGGUUGAUUUUUUUUUUAGUGUUUUUGGGUUUCUAAAUGUCUACACAUAUUUUUGUUAUUGUUUCGAGUCUGUUUCAUUAUAUUAUCAUGUUAUUGAUUGUUGACAAAAUAUAAGAAAUAUAAGUUUCACUUUCUCGUGUGAAUAUA